AUGGCUCCCGGAAUUCUCACGACAAAUACCCCACCAUCAUCUUCGCCUGAGAGAGGCAGUCGAUCUCCACGCUCUCCGCUAGAGCAGUCGUUGCUCGAUUCCACUGCGGAUCAAGAAUGGGUGGGCCGUCGUCCAAGUUCCUCCUCUGGUCGGGACACCAAACGCACUCGAACACAAACCCAGUCACUUCCACCACCGAGUCUGCCUCAGCUCGUCGCCGAGCAGCAUGUGCCGAUUGCAGCCGCCGAUAAGGACACGAAACGCCUGAUUGUCGUCUUGUCCAACGCUAGUCUCGAGACGUACAAAGCCGCCCAUGGCGGUCGCGGCGGCAUGAAGGACGACAAGUACUCGCUGCUGAAUAGCGAUGAGCACAUUGGCGUAAUGCGCAAGAUGAACCGCGAUAUCAGCGACGCGAGACCCGACAUCACCCACCAGUGUCUCCUCACCCUCCUCGAUUCUCCCGUCAACAAGGCCGGCAAACUCCAAAUCUACAUUCACACCGCCAAAGGUGUUCUCAUCGAGGUUUCACCCACCGUGCGCAUCCCCCGUACCUUCAAGCGUUUCGCUGGACUCAUGGUCCAACUUCUUCACAAACUCUCCAUUCGAUCCACGACAUCCCAAGAGAAGCUGCUUAAAGUCAUUAAGAAUCCCAUCACCGACCACCUCCCGCCGAAUUGCCGUAAAGUUACACUAUCCUUUGACGCAGAGGUUGUAAGAGUGAGGGAUUACAUCCAAGAUCUGGGAACCAACGAGAGCAUUUGCAUCUUCAUCGGUGCCAUGGCCAAGGGAAACGACUCUUUCGCUGAUGAGUUCAAGGACGAUGCCAUCAGUAUCAGCAACUACUCUCUCAGUGCAAGUGUAGCUUGCAGCAAAUUCUGCCACGCAGCUGAGGAUGUCUGGGAUAUCAUCUAA